ACACGAUAAUCCACGGGACAGCGCCGUGCGACGAUUGCGGAGGCAGAGUCGUGCCCGCCGGCUUCGUGUUUGGACGUAUACGUCCUCCUUCCUGUGUCAAAGAUGAAGUCUUUUAUCGAGUAUUCCCCUCAGUGCGAGUUUCCCAUUCAGAACCUGCCCUACGGAGUUUUCUCCACUGCUGAUAACCCAAAGAAGAGAAUCGGCGUAGCAAUCGGCGACCAAAUCCUAGAUUUGUUCGCAAUAGCUCACCUUUUCACUGGACCACUGCUAGCCACCAAACAGGAUGUCUUCCGUCAAGAAAGCCUCAACGAUUUCAUGUCUCUCGGCAGACCAUCUUGGCUGGAAGCCAGACAUACUUUACAGAAUCUCCUGUCCGUCGAGAAUCAAACUUUACAGCAACCCGAUGCCCGAUCCAAAGUCUUCGUGGCCCAGAACAAGGCGACAAUGCACCUGCCCGCUAAAAUUGGAGAUUACACAGACUUUUAUUCUUCCAUUCACCACGCGACGAACGUCGGAAUUAUGUUCCGUGGAAAAGACAAUGCCCUCAUGCCAAAUUGGAAGCACCUCCCUGUAGGCUAUCACGGCAGAGCCUCUUCUGUAGUAGUCUCAGGUACCCCGAUCAAUCGUCCACAAGGUCAAACUCUUCCAGUAGAAGGUGCUGAUCCAGUCUACGGUCCCUGCAAACUCAUGGACUUCGAACUGGAGGUCGCCUUCUUCGUAGGUCCACCUACCCAACUCGGCGACACGGUCCAAGCCACAAAGGCUCAGGAGCACAUUUUCGGCUUCGUGCUUAUGAACGACUGGAGCGCAAGAGACAUUCAGAAGUGGGAGUACGUGCCUUUGGGUCCGUUCGGAGCCAAGAACUUGGGUACGACCAUUAGCCCUUGGGUGGUUACCAUGGAGGCACUGGAGCCGUUCAAGGUAGCGAAUAUGGAACAGGACCCUAAGCCGUUCCCCUACUUACAGCAUGCAAAUUCGUGUAACUUUGAUAUCAAACUCGAAGUUGACCUGAAAGCUCCAUCUGGUGUCACGACGACCAUUUCCCGCAGCAACUACAAAUACAUGUACUGGACCGCGCAACAACAAUUGGCUCAUCACACCGUCACCGGUUGCAACCUUAAUGCUGGUGACCUGAUGGCCUCUGGUACCAUCAGCGGUGAGACCGCUGAUUCGUACGGUUCGAUGCUCGAGCUUUGCUGGAAGGGUACUCAACCGAUUCCCUUGAAAGACGGAACCACCAGGAAAUUCUUGCAAGACGGAGACGAAGUUAUCAUCCGAGGUUACAAUGAUGUUGACGGAUACAGGAUCGGUUUCGGUAACUGUGCAGGAAAACUGUUACCGGUGAAACCGCAAUAAUUGAACGUUAGUGUAAAAAACAAUAAAAAGAUAAAUUUGUGAUGAAUAUUUUAUUAAUAAAAAUACAUGCUUUUAUUUAAAAAA